AUGGCUUCCGAAGCCCCCAAGGACCUCCCCGUGCGCCCUGCCGCCGAAGCUCAGGGAAAACCUGCUGCUGCUGCCCCGCCUCAAGACGCCAAAAAGCAAGCCCCUCCUAGCGAGCCCCUCCCCGACUGGGCGAUCGAGCGCAACAAUCUGUUCGAAGAACUGUGGCAAAAGCACCUCAAGGACCUCGCGGCCAAGGACCACCCUUCGAUCGAAGUUUCUCUCGAUAUUGGUGACCGGAACCCCAAGUCGGUCCCUGCAAAGGCUUUCGAAACUACACCUGGCUCAUUCUUGCGCGAUGUGCCAAAGGAUGUGGCUGCCGAGGUUGUUAUCGCGAAGGUCAAUGGAGAGCUGUGGGAUCUGAACCGUCCCCUCGAGGCCGACUCUGCCGUUGUCCUGGUCCCAUUUUCCGACCCCGAGGCUCGGAAUGUUUUCUGGCACUCUUCCGCUCACUGUCUUGGAGAGUCUUGCGAAGCGCAGUUCGGCUGCCUUCUGAGCCAUGGCCCUCCCACACCCCAGGGUUUCUUCUACGACAUGGCUAUGCCUGGAGGACGUGCUGUCGUUGAAAGCGAUUGGAAGCCCCUUGAACAAAAGGCUGCCAAGAUUUUCAAGCAAAAGGAGAAUUUCGACCGUCUGGAGGUAUCCAAGGAAGAUUUGCGUCGCAUGUUCAGUUACUCUCCCUACAAGUUGCACUAUAUCGAAAAACUGGUGGUGGGCGAGUAUAGUACCGUCUACCGUAACGGUGAUCUGGUUGAUCUUUGCCGUGGCCCUCACAUUCAAAACACAGGCAAAAUCAAGACCUUCAAGAUCAUGCAAAACUCUUCCGCCUACUUCCUCGGUGACCAGUCCCAAGACAGUCUGCAGAGAAUUCGAGGUGUUGCUUUCCCAGACAAGAAGCGAAUGGCAGAUCACUUGAAGUUCCUCGAGGAGGCAGAGAAGCGCAAUCACCUGAGACUGGGCAAGGAGCAGGAGCUUUUCUUCUUUGACGAGGCUUCUCCCGGAUCCCCUUUCUUGCUCCCCGCUGGUACAAGGAUCUUCAAUGCCCUCCAAAAGCUGCUUCGCUCGGAGUACCGCAAGCGUAACUACCAGGAAGUCCAGACGCCCAACAUGUUCGACGUCAGCCUGUGGAAGACAUCCGGUCAUUUCCAGCACUACGCCGAUGACAUGUUUCAGCUUAACGUUGAGAAGAAGAACUGGGCUCUUAAGCCUAUGAACUGCCCAGCCCACUUUCUUCUGUUCGGUCAUCGCGAAAGAAGCUAUCGAGAAUUGCCCAUGCGUAUUGCGGAUUUCGGAGUUCUUCAUCGUAAUGAAGCCUCCGGAGCGCUUAGUGGGCUAACCCGAGUGAGAAAGUUCCAACAGGACGACACCCACAUCUUCUGCACCCAGGAUCAAAUUAAAGGGGAAAUAGCCGAUCUCUUCCAGUUUCUGAGCAGUGUCUACGGGCUUUUCGGAUUCAAAUUUGCCCUCAAGCUUUCAACUCGUCCAGAGAAGUACAUGGGUAAACUAUCUGAGUGGGAUUUCGCGGAGGCGCAAUUGAAAGAAGCGUUGACCGAGUUCUGUGGUAAUGACUGGACUAUUGAUGAGGGCGAUGGCGCAUUUUACGGGCCGAAGAUCGAUAUACAAAUUUCCGACGCAAUAGGACGUGACCAUCAAUGCGCAACCAUCCAACUUGACUAUCAGGCUAGCCAGAACUUCAAAUUGUCUUAUCAAACCAACGAAAGUCAGAAUAAGAACACCGAAGAGGCUGUGAAGGAUGAUGAGGCCAAGACUAAAGAUUGGCUGCCCCAAGGCCGAGACAGGCCAGUGGUCAUUCACAGAGCUAUUGUUGGCAGCUUUGAGCGAUUUUUGGGUAUCACUAUCGAGCACUUCGCUGGCCGCUGGCCGUUCUGGAUCAGCCCUAAGCAAAUUGUUGUGGUUCCCGUGAUGCCGCAGCUCAAUGCUUACGCAGAAGAGGUGCAGCAGAUUUUUGCUGCCGAAAAACUUCACGUGGAAGUUGACACCAGUGGAAACACUCUCCAAAAGAAGAUUCGCACUGCGACCCUUUCCCAGGCCAACUUCAUCUUCGUCGUGGGUCAACAGGAGAUGGAAAGCAGAACGGUCAAUUGCCGGGCUAGAGACGACCCCUCCAGCCACGCUAAGGGAGUUAUGGUCAGCAUCGAUGAAAUGAGAGCGAAGCUCCGGGUGCUGCGCAAGGAGCGUCGUCUCGAUAGCACUCUGUAG